AUGGUGGAGCUACUCCAGUGCAAGACGAACGAGAUUCAGGAUCUGAUGUUGAAGAUGAAGGAAAUGAGCAGCAUUCUGGAUCUGAGAAUGGAAGUGUAGGGCACCAUUCAGAGAAUGAACACAGUGAUGGAGAUGAUGAUGGGCAAAUGGGAGAGCCUCAUAUGACAGACUCUGAAAAUGAAGAUAUCCCAAGGCAAAAAGACAGUGACUCAGAUAAUGAGGAUCCUCCAAAUCACAGUGUAAGUGAUUCAGACAAUGAAGCAGCUCAUGGAGGGAAAGACAGUGAUUCUGAUACUGAGGACCGUCCAAAUCAGCAUUUAAGUGACUCUGAAAAUGAAGAUGCCUUAAAUCAUCGAGCAAGUGACUCUGAAAAUGGAGAACCUCACAGGGAUCACAGUAGUGAUUUUGAAAAUGAGGAAACACACAAGCAGCCGGCCAGUGACUCAGAGAGCGAGGAGCUCCACAAGCAGCCAGCCAGUGACUCAGAGAGCGAGGAGCUCCACAAGCAGCCGGCCAGCGACUCGGAGAGUGAGGAACUCCGCAAACAGCCGGCUAGCGACUCAGAGAGUGAGGAUGUUUCCAGACACAAACAAGAAAUAGAGUCUGAGGAUAGUGAUGGGGAGGACAGGAAGGAGGAGGUGCAGAAUGACUCUCACCAUUCAGAUAAUGAACAUGUAAGGGAAAGAUUUCAAGGCUCUGACAGUGAAGAGGAAGCUCCUAAGAGACGAAAAAUAUCGGAUAGUGAUGAAGAAGAGAAAGAGGAAGAGAAGACAGUGAAGAGGAAAACAGCCAUCCUUUCUGACAGUGAGGAUGACAAUGAGAACACACCUGCAAAAAAAGUACGAAUCCUUUCUGAUGUCGAAGAAUCAGAUAGCGAUGCUACUUCAGAGAAAUCUGACAAAAGGAAGAAAAAUAUUGUAUCGGAUAGUGAGGAAGAAGAAGAAGAAAGAAAAGAGAAUGUUGGGAAGAAAAAAGAAGAGAAAGACCUGUUUGGCAGUGACAGUGAAUCUGGAAAUGAACAAGAGAACCUGAUUGCAGAUAUAUUUGGAGAAUCUGGUGAUGAGGAAGAAGAGGAAUUUACAGGUUUUAACCAGGAAGAUUUGGAGGAAGAGAAAGGUGAUGCAGACAUGAAGGAGACGGCAGAUGAAUCGGACUCUGAUGAUAACAUCAAAAGAGGGAAGCAUAUGGACUUCAUGUCAGAUUUUGACAUGAUGCUGCAACGAAAGAAGAGUAUGAGUGGCAAGCGUAGACGAAACCGUGAUGGUGGAACUUUUAUUAGUGAUGCAGAUGAUGUGGUCAGUGCUAUGAUUGUGAAGAUGAAUGAAGCUGCUGAGGAGGAUCGACAGCUGAAUACACAAAAGAAACCAGCACUAAAGAAAUUAACUUUGCUACCAACUGUAGUUAUGCAUCUUAAAAAGCAGGACCUCAAAGAAACUUUCAUCGAUAGUGGUGUUAUGUCUGCCAUCAAAGAGUGGCUUUCUCCUCUUCCAGACCGAAGUCUGCCAGCACUAAAGAUACGAGAGGAGCUUCUGAAGAUCCUGCAAGAGCUGCCCAGUGUGAGCCAAGAGACCCUGAAGCACAGUGGCAUUGGACGAGCUGUGAUGUACCUCUACAAACACCCCAAAGAGUCGAGACCUAACAAGGAUAUGGCAGGGAAGCUAAUCAAUGAAUGGUCUCGACCCAUCUUUGGCCUUACCUCAAACUACAAGGGCAUGACAAGAGAAGAGAGGGAACAGAGAGAUUUGGAACAGAUGCCUCAGCGAAGGAGACUGAGCAGCUCUGGUGGUCAGACUCCCCGCAGGGACCUGGAGAAAGUGUUAACUGGAGAGGAAAAGGCUCUUAGACCCGGAGACCCCGGGUUCUGUGCCCGUGCGAGGGUGCCAAUGCCCUCCAACAAGGACUAUGUGGUCAGGCCAAAGUGGAAUGUGGAGAUGGAGUCCUCCAGGCCCGGGACUAUUAAGAGAGGUAUUAGUCGCUUGGAAAAACACAAGAGACGGUUUGCUGAACAGAAACGACUCAGCAAAGUGCAUCGGGCCAUCAAGUUCAGCAUUGAAGGCAACAGGAUGCCCCUGUAGCCAUGACACUCCGCCUUCCCCAAGUUUGAGAGUUCCAGGGGACCUCUAAGAAAGGGGUGAGUCGACUGGACAAACAGAUGCGGAAAUUCACAGAUAUCAGGAAAAAAAGCAGAUCGGCCCAUGCAGUGAAAAUCAGCAUUGAGGGCAAUAAGAUGCCAUUGUGACCCUUCAGAGAAUACCCCAUGAUCUCUGCUGUAAGACAAUACGCCCAUAGACUCUUUGGAGACCUUUAAAUUUUUUAACAACUUGUUUGGGUUUUUUUAGUGAAUCUUUAAAUUGUUGGUUCGGGUUCUGGUAUAAGAUAUUGUCUGAAGACUGUGAAUAUGGGGACUUCUUUCUCCUGAUUGUAUUUAAACUUGCUCUAUUGUGUCCUUUGUACAGAUCACGUAUUUGUUGUAUUGCAACACUUUAGACAAUAAAACAUCUUCUGUUUUUUUGG